CUAUUACCCACCUCUCACAGGGCUUCACACCGCACCACAAAGAAUUCAUUUCCAUUUUCCACCAUUUCCUCCUCUGUUUCUCUCUCCCAAAAUUCCUUCCUCCACAUUUCCCCAGCAGAAUCAAUUACAAAAAUCCAAACCCAUGGGCGAUAUUAGAACGAAAUUCCCGAGAAAAUCUGCCCAUACCCCAGAUUCUACCUAUUAUAAAUCUCCAGAUCAAGACGAAGAUUGCAUAAUUUUCAGAGGUUGGGACAGUGCUGCUGCAAUCGACGAUGAUUCUCAAUCCGAAUCGGGGGUUUCUUCACCCACACUUUGGGGUUCCAAUUCUCGAACCAGCCCCCAAUUUCACCGCCCUCGAAAUCGCAGCCUCUCCCCGACUUCCCGAAUCCAAGCCAUAGCCAGAGGCCAACAAGAGCUCAUGGAGAUGGUCAGGAAUAUGCCUGAAUCAUCUUACGAACUCUCCCUUAAAGAUCUCGUUGAACAUCACUUGACUAAUUCCAAACGCCAACAAGACGGUGACUGUGCCGCUGCUUCCCUUGCAAGAGACGAUUCCAGCUCUGAAACUUCCUUCCGAAGAGACUCUAGCAAGACCAGGAGUGAAACUAGGGGACUUGUUACCAGAAGUAGAAGCGUCGAUAGCGGUGGGUUUUACCUCAAAAUGUUCCUCCCACUGCCUUUUGGGCAAGUUUCGGCUAAAAAGAAGACUAAUCUCAGAACUGAUUCCGGGUUGAGCGGUGGUUCGAGAGUUUCCCCUAAGCCACCGCCGGUGGAGAAAGACUGGUGGAGGAAGAGAUCGGCGGUCGCCGGAGGGGAAAACGAGGGUAGUAUCUCCGGCGGAAGUAUGAUGAGUAGCGGGAGUAGUAACAGUACCAGCAGCGAAAGAAGCAAUAGCAGGAAUUCUGAAUCGCAAGGAAGUUGCUGGUUUUGUAUCAGUCCAAUGAGAAGUAAAGAUCGAGAGUAAAAAAACAGUUUCAUCGGAGCAUUCAAAUGAAAUGAAUCUUAAUAUGUAAUCUCCUUUGAAUAAUGUUUCGGUAUAAUUCCAACUAAAUCACAGCUGAAUUUUGCAGCUAAGCUUGUUCAUAUCUUUUUGUUUUAUUUCUACUUUUAUUUUUCUUUUUUCUAAAAAAGAUUUCUUGUCUUUAUCCUUUC